AAUUUCCGUUGUAGUCGAAGCAGGGCGUAUAAAAGCCGGGGCAUCAACGAAUCUCGCUAUCAAUGUACAAGAGCUUCCUUGAAGAGAACAUUGAGUUUACCAGGAUAGAAGUAAAGCGUUUAUUGUUUCAAGGAUAGACAAUCGUAGGAGAAAGAAAUGGCAACUUCACGAAUAUUCUCAGUACUGAUUAUUCUCGUCGCGUUUGCAUAUGUCACAACAAGAAGAAAAUUCGCCAGCCCAAAGCAGUUGAUGAAACAUUGUCCUAAAGUGUACAACCAGAAAUGUUUUAAACAUGAUGAAUGCAAGUGUAACUAUCCAGUAAAACUGAUCUGCAACCACAAGAAACAAUGUGGUCGAAUAACUAUUGCAUACAUCAUGUCAAAGAUAAGGUGCCCUAAAGUUUUCAAGAAAAAAUGCACGUCUGAUAAAGACUGUAAAAAGUGUCGAGGACUGAUUUGCGAAGACAAAGAAUGUGUUUUUCAGAAAAAAGUCAAGUCGAUAUGAAUUAAAAAAUAUU